UGGUGAGAAGCUGGUCAUAACUCCUCCAGCCCUAGCGAUGGGAAUCAAGAAGAUAAAAGCCUUCUGGUGCUUACACACUGCAGUCACAGCUCCCUUCUGACCCCGUAAGUGUUGGCAUCACCGCAGCCCAUGGCAGAAGCUGAAUGGAGCAUGAAGUGGAUUCUGGGCUUGAGCCUCACCCUUUGCCUGAUAGUCCAGACGGCCUUAGGUGCUUUGCACACCAAGGAACCUCUCGUGGUCACCAAACACGGGAUCCUACAAGGAAAGCAAACACAUGUGGGAAACAUAACCGUCCAAGUCUUCCUGGGAGUCCCCUUCUCCAGACCUCCUGUGGGUGCUCGCAGGUUUGCCCCUCCGGAACCCCCGCAACCCUGGAAUGGCAUCAGAGAUGCCACCACCUACCCACCUUCGUGCCUUCAGGAAACCUGGGGGCAGAUAACCUCUCUAUACUUAAACACGCGGAAGCGGUAUGAGUGGCUGCACUUCAGUGAGGAUUGUCUCUACCUAAAUGUCUAUGCCCCAGUGCUCGCGGCUGGGGACCCUCUGCUGCCGGUGAUGGUUUGGUUCCCCGGAGGCGCCUUCCUCGUCGGCUCCGCUUCUACCUACGAAGGCUCAGAGUUGGCCGCCCGCGAGAAAGUGGUGCUGGUGUUUCUGCAAUACAGGCUGGGCAUCCUGGGCUUCUUCAGCACGGGCGACAGCCAAGCCCGCGGAAACUGGGGGCUGCUGGACCAGGUAGCGGCUCUGCACUGGGUGCAGGAGAACAUCGCGGCCUUUGGUGGAGACCCGGAAAGUGUAACGCUAUUUGGCCAGUCGGCAGGAGCUAUGAGCGUCUCGGGACUGCUGAUGUCACCCCUAGCCCAAGGUCUAUUCCAUCGGGCCAUUUCCCAAAGUGGUACUGCAAUACUGAACUCCUUCAUCACUCAUGAUCCAUUGAAGGCAGCCAAGAAGGUUGCUCACAUGGCUGGCUGCAACCACAACAACACAAGGAUCAUGGUAGAAUGCCUGAGAGCUCUAUCAGGGGAUGAAAUGAUGCAUGUUUCCAAGAGGAUGUCAUUCUUUCGUGCCAAUUUCAAGAAAGAUCCAAAAGAUGUUUUAUGGUUCCUGAGCCCUGUGGUGGAUGGUGUGGUGUUCCCAGAGGACCCUGUGGUGCUCCUGACCCACGGGCAGGUUACACCUGUGCCCUACCUUCUAGGUGUCAACAACGCAGAGUUCGAGUGGGCCUUGCCUUUUCUCAUGAAGCUCCAGAUAACUCGGCAUAUGAUGAACAAAAAAUACUUCACCAAACUGCUCUGGAAUUUCAGCAUCGUACUGAAUAUCACUAAGGAGCAGAUCCCACUGGUGAUGAAGGAAUACUUGAACGAUGCUGCCAAUAAACAUGACUGGACGAUGUUCCGAAACCGGGUGAUAGACCUAGUUGGAGAUGCCACCUUCGUGUACUCCACACUUCAAGCUGCACGAUACCACCGGGAUGCUGGCUUCCCUGUCUACCUGUACGAGUUCAAGCAUCAUGCUCCCUCAGGCAUAAUUGUCAAACCUCGACGUGAUGGCGCAGACCAUGGAGAUGAGCUUUCCUAUAUCUUCGGAAGCCCUUUCUCCAAAGGCUCAUCCACCAAUGAGGAAAAGGAAUUCAGCCUCCAGAUGAUGAAAUACUGGGCCAACUUUGCCCGCACUGGGGACCCCAAUCACAGAAAGCUGCCCUACUGGCCACGCUUUGACGAGGAUGAAAAGUACCUGCAGUUGGAUUUUGACACAAGAGUGGGUGUGAAGCUCAAAGAGAAAAAGAUGGCUUUCUGGGGAAGGCUGCACCAGCCCCGGAGAACUUAGAAGCAGCAGCGACACUGAGAGUGACCAAGCAAGAGGGAACUAUCCUCCCGGACAUCCUGCCUCAGGGAGAAUGGCCAUGCGUACAACUGAGGACAGCAGUCCUGUCCACAAAUUUAGGACCUGUAGAUGCUCCCAGCUAGCUUCAGGCUAUUGCUGGAGCCCUAGCCCAUCAUGGGGCUCAGCACUACCUGUCCAGCCUGACAUCCCAUGGCACCCCACAUCUCACUGUCUAAACCAGGCCAGGGCCUUUCAUCACACCGUGCUCUGCUCCCCACAAGCUCAGCCUCAGGAUAAUCUCUUCUCUCCCUUUUACAAGUCCUCUUACCCUUCAUGAUGUAUUUGCAGCCCCCUCAUGGAAACGUCACACAGGCUGUCAUGUUCUGUCAUUGCACCCUGCUAUCACUGAUCAUCUACCCUCUUCAACCUACCUGCUCAUGCUGGCCUUGAGGCCCCAAACAAUCUAUUCAUGAUGUGGUGCAAAACUUUGAUAGCUCGGGAUCUGUUCCCCUACCCACACUCAUCUCCCCUGGGGCCCUUCCAAAGCCGGUACCUAGGGAUGAUGCUCAAUUAAAAAAAAAAAAAAAAGUGUUCUUUUGAUCUUCAAUUUCUUUCUCUGUAAAUGAUUGGGUGAAAUGAAUGUUAUCUCAGUUUGAACCCUUAGGGUAAUAAAAUAUUGCUACUUGCUGCUUCUUGUUCUGUAUUUGCUAGAGGGGCUGAAGCAAAGUCAUUUAGAGUGUAAAACAUUUAGCUAGUGCCGGAUGUGGUAGUUUAU